GCAGAAAUGCUAAGGUGUGCUUGCAGAUCCUGACCUGUGGUGGCACACAAAUAAAGCAGGGGAGGAUCUAAAUCUUAUCUCAUCAUGUAGGGUCUGUAUCUUCAGGGGUGAACACACACCGGUGCUUCUGACACUCAUCUUAAGAUCGGCAGAAAGUCUCUCUGAAGGUAUUGAAUCCCUGCCUUCGACAAUGCAGCAGUAGUGAUGAAUGCAGUACUUGGACAAGUAGUGAUCUGCAGUCAGGUGCGUUAAGAAACGCUUCAGGUUUCUAUGGAAAAGGGUAUGCCCUCUCCUUUGGAAUCUGCCCUCAAAGGCAUUCUAAUGCAUGGCCUCUGGGGUUUGUAAUGGGUACUAUUAAGAAAGGUACUCGGAUUCUGACAGGUAUUAAUUAAAAUGCCAUUUUUUGAGCUAAUGUGAAAAGGGAAGGGGACUAGCAUAGAUAAUGUGUCCCUUCAGAUGCUUGGAACCUGCAGUCAUGACACACUGGAUGGAUUUCUAGCCAAGGCACAGCCCGUUACACGGAUCCUGUCUGCGGAGUAAUUCCCACACAUUAUGCUUUCAAAGACAAAUCAGACAACAGCAGAGUUCAUCCUCUUGGGACUUGCCAGCAACCGCUUUUCGGAGAUCAUCCUAUUUGCCAUUCUCUUUGUUGCCUUCCUCCUGAUCCUCCUUGGAAACAUCACUGUCAUUACCAUCACACUGGUGGACCAACGCCUCCACAUCCCCAUGUAUUUCUUUCUCAGGAAUUUCUCCGUUGUGGAAAUUUGCUUCACUUCUACCUUCAUGCCAAGGACUCUCUACAGCCUCCUCACAGGAGCAAAAACAAUUUCCCCCUCUGGAUGUUUCCUUCAGUUAUCCCUCUUCUUCAUCCUGGGUAUCUGCACUUUCUUCCAUGUAGCUCUCAUGUCCUUUGACCGCUACAUGGCCAUCUGCCGCCCUUUGCAUUAUGCUACCUUCAUGAGCAAUAGGUUUUGCCUCCAGCUGGUGCUGGGCUGCUGGGUAAUGAGUUUCUUCUUGAUGAUUUCCCCACUCACAGUUAUAACCCAGUUGCCUUUCUACGGGCCUGGUGUCAUCAACCACUUCUACUGCGAUAUAGCACCACUGCUCCAGCUGUCCUGCGCAGACACAGGCGUCAUUGAGAAGGUAGUGUUAGUGACUGGUGUUCUGAUACUACCUGGCACCUUGUCAGUAACUGCUUUUUCCUAUGCAUACAUCAUCCACACGGUCACACACAUCCAGUCUUCAGCAAGCAGGAAAAAAGCCUUUUCCACAUGCUCCAGUCACCUCAUCGUGGUCACUAUUCUGUACAGCAGCUCCAUCUUCAGGUACAUCCGACCAAGGCAACGGGGCGGGAGGGAUUUUGACAAAGUUGUAUCUUUCCUUUACUGUGUGGUUACUCAGCUGUGUAACCCUCAAAAUCAACAAGUCAGACAGGCCUUGAACGAUCUAGUGGCAAGGUGUGUUGUAGGCUCUGAUGAUAUUCUGAAAUCCAGACAUACAAAGCAGUGAGUUCAUGUGAAUGACUUCCUAGCAGAGCUCCCAGUACCCUGGGGAGGUGAGGGAGAGGGGGAU